AUGGCUUCUGAAGGAGCAACGACAGUUCUCAAUUUGGACCAUUUAUCUUGGACGAGUGUCGCAACUCGAAUCUACCGGUCGUUAAUCGAGGUCAGCAACGGCCUUAAGGCUGAAAGAGUGCUCUUUAAGAGCUCUCUACCCUUGGACCACAUGUUGCUGAGAAAGCAGGCCGAGGAAGCUCUUGAGAGAGCGUGGGCAAGUCCGUACCAUUGGUUUGCCCGAUGUCACUGGAUACCAGAUGAUGAGGGCGGGCUUGCAUUGAUUAUUCUGUCGACCCGCCAGUACAAUUCCUACAGUCCCUCUCACAGCGGCCUCCUGGCCGCCAUUUCUCUCAUGGAGAGCUCAGAGCUUUCGCCCAAAGUGUUAUACCGACUCGCGUUCGAACUCGACAAUCGAUCGCUUCGCCACUCUGUACCGGAGUCGGCCGACAAGGCUAUGCUGAAGCUCCUCUCUGUGGCAAAGAGCAACAGUCUGUUGUUGGCAGCUCUCGCAGCAGAGAUUCUGACCAACCAAGGCAUUCCGACCUUGCCCACGCAGGCCAUUUUCAAAUCCCAAGAGAAUGCAGGAAGCUCAGCCCAUCUGGUUAGCAAUGAGACGCAUGUAGCGGCUACCUUUGAGACCAGGAUCAACGUCGAUAGUUACAACUUCUUUGAGCUCGUUCAUCCAGCCUACUUCCGUCAAACUGUCGCCCUGGCCGGUCUGGUCGCUCAUUUCGUCAAGACCCCACACCCGCAUGCCAUUGAUGUCGGCCCAGGGCCCGGUACCAAUCUCCUUGCCUUUCACGAGUUGAUGCCGGACACCCGAGUCCUUGCUAUCGAGCCCAGUGACGUGGCGUUCUGGUACCUACAAGACCACUUCAAGGGGAACCCCAAAAUCACCUGUCUGAAGGAAGACUUUCUGUGCGUCUCGCCUGAUGUGGCAAAAAUCGACUACAUCAUGUCAACGGGUGAAUCGCACCAUUUCAACACAGCCGCGUUUCUCCAGCGAAGCAUGGAAUGGCUGCGGCCCGGGAGCUACUGGUUCAUUGCCGACGAGAUGAUCACCCCCUAUGUAACCCGUGUCCAGCGCAGCCUGAACCUGCUACGCCACCACCUUGCCUACAUGGCUCCCCUGUGCUUCCCCUGGUCCGCGGUGGCCAAAGACGCCGGAGGAACCGACUCCAGAACACCCGACGAACGGGCCUUUGUUGAUGACUAUAACCGCAGUGUUCCCCUUGCCAAGUUCUACGCAGAUAACGAGGACGUCAAAGCCGCGGAGGCUAUAUGCAGGGCCCUGCUCACACGCUCCGAGCAGUUCGGGUUUACAACAAAGGUAUCGGAUCUGCGACUUUCCUUUUGGCGCCUUCAGUGGCUUGAGCUUCAGGCCCUCGUUGCCGGGCUUGAUUACGAAGUUGAGCAGAAGACGUCGCCGCGGCAUUUUAUCAAGAUGGCGGAGGGGGCUGGGUUUACCCUGAUUAGGCAUGAGCGCGUUUAUGGAACGGAUGGCCCUUCGGAGUUUGGUGGUGGAACGCAUGUAAUGGCUUUCCAGAAGAGUUGA